AUGGAACAAGAACCUAAUAUUGCGCAAGAAAAAAUGCUCCUUGAAUAUUUUUCACCUAUUUCAUCUAAUGCUCCAUCAUGCAUUGUUUUGCCUACUACUAAUGCCACUCAUUUUGAACUUAAACCUUCAAUCAUCCAAUUGUUGCCUUCUUUUUAUUGUUUAGAAAGAGAAGAUCCUUACAUGCAUGUAAAAGAUUUCUUGGAUAUUUGCUCAACUUUUCGUUUUCAAAAUUUUUCGGAUGAAUCGGUUAAGCUUAGGUUGUUUCCUUAUUCUUUAAAAGAUAAAGCCAAAGCUUGGUUAAACUCACUUCCAACCGGAACCAUAACAACUUGGGAUCAACCUUUUAAUAAAUUUCUUGCAAAAAUUUUCCCCAUGUCCAAAACUGAUAAUUUAAGAAGAGAAAUCUCCGAAUUUUCUCAAAAAGAUAAUGAAGAAUUUUAUGAAUGUUGGGAAAGAUUUAAAGAUUUAUUAUUAAUAUGCCCCCACCAUGGUUUUGAAAAAUGGAGACUUGUAAAAUAUUUUUAUGAUGGUUUAACCCCUUCAAACCGACAAAUGAUUCAAUCUAUGCAUACCAGAAUAUUUUUGAAAUUACAAGGGCAAGAGGCUUGGGAAGCUCUUGAAGAAUUGUCUGUUAAUUCACAACAAUGGAAUUAUUCUGAGCCUAGGUCUACAGCAAAUAAUUCACCUAAAAGAGGAGGAAAAUAUGAAAUUAUAGAAGAAACUGAUUUGAGAACAUCUUUUGAAAAAUUAGCAAGAAAAGUAGAAGCCUUAGUCAUAAGUCAAACUAUGAAUUCUCAUGUUCAACCGAAAAAAGAUGUUUAUGCUAGUACUUGUCAUAAUGAUCAAUCAUGUCCUUCUUUUCUUGAAACAUUUUCUGAAGAGGCUAAUGCAUUACAUUCAUAUGGUAAACCAAAUCACAGCCCAUUUUCUAACACAUACAAUCCUAAUUGGAGAAACCAUCCCAAUUUUUCAUGGAGACAAAACCAACCACAAAUGAACCAAGGAAACCAAUUCAACAUGCCAAAUCUGAAUCAUGCCCAACCAAGUCAACCUUACCCUCCACAAAGAAAGCCUUCCUUAGAAGACACUUUACAACAAUUCAUGCAAUCCACCAAACAAAUCAUGCAAAAUCAGUCUCAAUCCAUUGCCAAACUUGAGACACAAUUGGGUCAACUUGCCAAUGCCGUAACUGAGAGAGAAAAAGGAAGAAUUCCUAGCCAACCCGUCCCAAAUCCUAAAGGCCAAUAUGAAGUAGGAGUUCCUAGUCAUAAAGAAGAAGCCAAGUCUAUUUCAAUGCUUAGGUCCGAAAAACAAAUUGCCAAACCCGAUUACAUACCUCAAGUUGAAAAAGACCAAAGCCAACCUCAAAUUUCCAACACAAAUGACUUGUCAAAAGAUAAUGAUCAAAUUCUUCCUUCCAUUCCAAAAGCUCCUUUUCCACAAAGAUUACUUCCACUCAAGAAAGGCAACCAAUAUAGUGACAUCUUAGAAGUAAUCAAACAAGUAAGUAUCAACAUUCCAUUCUUAGAUGCCAUUAAACAAAUUCCUGCCUACUCCAAAUUCUUGAAAGACCUUUGCACUAUUAAAAGAAACACUAAUGUUCCAAAAAAGGCAUUUUUAACUGAACAAGUUAGCUCCAUUCAAUAUAAAAGCCUUGUGAAAUAUAAAGAUCCUGGUUGUCCAACAAUUUCAUGCAUCAUUGGUGAUCAUUUUAUUAACAAAGCUUUACUUGAUUUAGGAGCUAGUGUGAAUUUAUUGCCUUAUUCUGUUUAUAAGCAACUUGGUCUAGGAGAAUUAAAACCAACUUCUAUAACACUUCAAUUAGUUGAUCGUUCUGUGAAAAUUCCUAGAGGUAUUAUAAAAGAUGUUUUAAUUAAAGUGGAUAAAUAA